UGAUUUGAAAGUCUCCAUAGGUUACUUUAAGUUUAAGUUUAGGGCCUGUAAGUCUGAGCACAGUCAAGGAUCCAGAUACAUACUUGUUCAAUACUUGUUUGUAGUUGGUACAGGACCAGGUUUAGGACAGAUAGAGUUGCCUGAAGUUGUCAUUUGCAUGACUGCAUAUUAUAUUAUUACCAUAGAGAAGAAUAUCUACUUUUAUUCUGUUACUGUUUGGUUGCUAACCUGGGUUAUUAUUAUGAUACAUUGCCUGCCAAGUUAGUAAAGAUAAAAGGAGGUUGAUUUUUUACCUAGUAAAAAAACAUAUGGCAAGUUGGCAACAUUAGAGCAAGAGAACUCACUAAACUCAGUACAGUACAUGUAUUUUCCACCAGUUGGUCAGUCACAGUCAGUGCCUCUGCAGUUUGCUUUUGUGAGAUUACCAGUUCAGUGGCAUCUACAGUAUAUGCUUGUUCGAGUCCUGUUGCUUUCUUUGCUUUACCAGAGACAUACAAAGUGAGAUUCAAAGGGUUAAUGUUGUGACCUGCAAAAGGUUUUUCCUGCAGCUCAGCUGGCAGAUCGAAGUUUACAUAUCUCACUUUUUAAAAUUCCCUCAGUGUUGGAGGAAAGGCAACAGGACUUUAGCAAGUACAAUAAGUUUAUCAAGAGUUCAAAACUUUAAAUAGUGAUUACAUUUUCAGGAUAAGAACAUUCCAUAAUAAUUUAAGACAUCCAAAAUGAGAAAAGCAGGUAGACAGAAAGACAGUAUUUGGGCAGAAUUUGAGGAAGUUGCAACUCACUCGCAAAACAAGGAAAUUCAUGCAAAGUGUAAAGUUUGUGGUAAAGAACUUCAGGGUUUGGUUCAACGAUUACGUGAUCAUAAGAAGAAGUGUAAAGAGCCACAACGAGAUUCAGAUCUUGAAGCAGAAACAAUAGAAGACCCACAACCAGUUACUCAAACAUCAGCCACACCAUCUGUGUUAGAAGUGUCAGCCUCAGGUGUUGAAAAACACAUUGCACCUUCUUUUACUUCUUUCCCUUUCAAGUGUAGCAGUUCAGACAGCUUGGUAAAAGAUUCGGAUAGCCCUACUACAUCUAUUACACAUACAUUAAAGAAAAAUGUUUCAACUUCAAGUCACAACACAAGUAUUUUGAACAAUGGAGUGAAGACCGCUAAAGAAGAGAAGGAAAAAAUAGAUGAAAAAGUAGCUAUGGUGUAUGCAACAAAUUCUUUUUUUAAGAUUGUUGAGCAUGCAUCCUUUAUAGAUAUGGUGAAUGUAAUGAGGCCAGGAUACAAACUGCCCAGUAGGAGAGAAAUAGGUGGUUCACUGUUAGGCAAGGUAUAUGGUAAAGAGUGUGAAAAAAAUGUAGUAGAUUUAGAAGGUAAAACUGUCUGCAUGAGUCUUGAUGGAUGGACAAAUGUUUCCAGUGAACCUGUAAUAUGUGCCUCUAUUACUAUUCACACAUCAGAAAACACAAGAUCUGUCUAUCUUGUGGACACAAUUGACAAAUCCGGUCACCCACACCCAAGUUUUUUUCUGAUUUGGUUAGGAAAUUAUUUACAACAACGGCCUCAAGUUCUGGAGUGGAGAGGAUUUUUUCUUCAUUUGGUCUUGUUCCUUCAAAGCUUAGAAAUAGGUUAGGGAUAGAAAAAGCUGCAAAACUGGUUUUCAUUUACAAAAAUCAUAACCUAGGGUCAUCACAGAAAGCCUCUGGUGAACUCCAUAGUUAGUCCACUUGCAUGGUGGUUUUCUUUGGGCAAGCUUGGAAACAAAAAGGAUUUUUCUGAAUUGGUUAGGAAAUUACUUACAACAGCAGCCUCAAGUUCUGGAGUGGAGAGGAUUUUCUUCAUUUGGUCUUGUUCAUUCUAAGCUUAGAAAUAGGUUAGGGAUAGAAAAAGCUGCAAAACUGGUUUUCAUCUUUUCAUUUACAAAAAACAUAACCUAGGGUCAUCACAGAAAGCCUCUGGUGAACUUGGUAAACUCCAUAGUUAGGUAGUGUAAAGUACUUAAUUGAAGAUUAAUGUAUGUGUAAAGACAUAAUCAAUAAAGACACAUUUUGCCAUUUGUAUUACAUUGAUACAUAGAUUAGGCAACAUAGAUAUGAUAUCUCUCCUCCAGGAUAGGCCUACUUUACUACUCAAACAUAUUUCAGUUGUCAGUUCCUACUUAAAAAUUUAUAAUAAUGUAGGACU